GUCUGAUUUCUCAGAAAGCAAGCCAUCUUUCUUUUGUUUGAAACAAAGCCAAAUGUCCCAGCCUUCCACUUCACCCGAACGCGUUCUGGGCAGAUUGCCAGGCCUUGUCCUGGUGGAUGUUCAACUUGGCCUGACAGAUCCCGCGAACGAAGCGCACUGGGGCGGGAAUCGCAACAACCGAAACGCCGAGCAAGUGAUUGGGCGACUGCUGCAACUCUGGCGAGCACGCAAUCUUCCGGUCUUCCACGUCAAGCACGACUCGAUUGAAGCUCAGUCGCCGUUGCGUCCCGACCAGCCCGGCAACGCCUUCCAUCCUGUCGCCGUGCCUCUUCCCAACGAACCAGUCUUCCCCAAGUCGGUCAACUCAGGCUUCAUUGGCACUGAUCUGCAGGCGCGUCUUGAGCAGCGAGGCGUAACUUCCGUCGUGAUUGUCGGAAUCACAACCGAUCACUGCGUGAGCACGACAACGCGCAUGGCGGGCAAUCUGGGAUUUGUCUGCUUCUUGGUCGAAGACGCCGUCGCAACUUUUGACAAGACUGGUUACAACGGUGUCAAGUACCCUGCACAGCUGAUUCACGACACUGCCCUUGCUAGUUUGCACGACGAGUUUGCGACAGUGCUCCAAUCCCAGACACUUGAGCAAAAGUUGGCCGCGAUCUUUGCUUGAGGAUUGAUUGUCCGUUCGUUUUGUUGUUGUCGUUGUUAGAGUCAAGCACUAUUAGAACUCGUCGAGCAUGAA